AUGGCCUCCGAUUCCCCCACUUACCUUUUCCCGUACUCAUUGGCCGCCCAAUUAGACUCACGCAUCAAGACUCCCAGACCACCCAUCGACCCCGGUCUGGCACCCAUCAUCGACUCAGUCCUUCUGCCUGAAGAGCUAGAUGUCUCCUUUCUUCGCAGUCUCGAUGUUGGUGGAAAUUUCGAACCAAUCCUCAACGCGAAUCCGCAUAUAACGCAUACUCAUUAUGGCGUCCCUAGCUCGGAUGGUCGCACCAUAGACUUGUCCAUCUUCUCCCCAAAGGCGUCGCCUGAUGCACUACCAGUCUUAUAUUACAUCCAUGGAGGCGGCAUGAUCUCAGGCGAUCGAUCCAGCGGUGUCGCACAGCUGGUCGAUCUCGUUCGAGACAUACCCUGCAUAAUUGCCUCGGUCGAGUAUCGUCUUGCACCAGAGACGCCGGCUCCAGGGGGAGCGGAGGAUUGUUACGAAGGUCUCGUCUGGCUCUCUGCAAACGCUACGAGCCUGGGCAUCGAUACCGCGGGUAUUGUUGUCUGCGGAUCCUCAGGCGGCGCCCCCCUUGCCGCAGCUGCAUGUCUGAUGGCCCGCGAUAGGAAUGUCCCUACCGUGCGGAUCAAGGCUCAGAUGCUACUGUCGCCCAUGCUCGACGACCGUUGCGACAGUACUUCGGAUCACCAAUUCGAAUACGGCGUGCCGUGGAACGGCGCCACAAACCGCGCGGCCUGGAACCACGCCCUUGCAGGUCAGCGUGGCACCGACACAGUCACCAUGUAUCAAGCGCCUUCUCGAGCCACUGAUCUGACCAACUUACCUCAGGCUUACAUCGACGCGGCUGAAUGCGAGGUCUUCCGCGAUCCUGCUGUCAUGUACGCCAUGAACAUGUGGCGAUGUGGUUCGUCGUGCGAGUUGCACGUCUGGCCGGGUGGAAUCCACUUGUUUGAUGCCGUCGAGAAUCCUCAAGUUCCUGUGGUUGGUGCUGCGAUUGCUGCCAAGCGCGUUUGGCUUAGGAGGAUUAUGAUGCCUGGUAAAGCUGACGGGAGCACGGCAUGA